UUAGGUUGCAUACUUACUUUAAUCUUUGCUGGUCACACUCAAUUUUAGCUGUCAAUAGUGUCAACUGUCAAUCGACUCGAUCGUGACGAUCGUAUCGUAGUAUAUUGGGUUGUGUUUAUUAUUUUGGGUUGCUUUAUUGUCUAGUCAAAUUCUCCUUUCUGUAUAACGACAUAAUUUACUAAAUGACUUAACUAUUACGACUCAAUCGCACAUUCCAGCGUUUUAUCUUACUCGUGAAGAUCUCAACAUUUGCCCAGUCAUUAAUACAGGGCCUACUUAUGCCGCGUUCUAUAUAAUAGAGUUGGUUAAAUGGAGCCAGUUUGGGUAAAAGUGGAGCCCCUGAACGAGGUAGAUGUGCCGGAGACUGAUGAGCAUAUCCUAGAGGCAACUGUGUCUCAGAACAAGGCACUUAUUGAAGUGAAGUUAGAGCCUAUUGAGGAAGAUACUGAUGUGAAGUUGGAAGUCCAUGUGAAGCAAGAGUUGGAGGUGGAACACAAGGUGCUGGAGGAAGUUCAGGAUGGAAACAGAAUCAAACUCCAAGAUGACACAAGCGCGGAACAUGACAUCCAAAGUACGAAGAUUAUCAAGCACAUCACUAAAUUAAAAAAGGCAACAAAACCACGAAAAAAAUCAUACCCAUGCGAAAUAUGUAGCACGACGUUCACAGCCAGGAGCAGUUUAAACGAACAUAUACGAAUACACACUGGGGAAAGACCGUACAUGUGCGAAAUUUGUCAAAAGAGCUUCACAAAGUCUAACACUUUAAAGAGACAUAUCCAAACACACAUAGGUGACAAGACUUACUUUUGUGAAACGUGUAACAAAGGGUUUUUAUUUUUACACCAAUUGAAAGAACACGAAAGAACGCACAGUGGGGAGAAACCGUUCACCUGCGACAUCUGUAAAACGAACUUUGCAAGACUGAACACUUUAAAGAGCCAUAUAUUAACCCACACUGGAAAGAAACCAUACUGUUGCAAUAUGUGUGAAAAGAGCUUUGCACAAUGGAGCACUUUACAAGGUCAUAAAAGAACACACAAUAAAGAUAAACCGUACGGAUGUAAAAUGAAAUUCUUAAGAUUGUUUACUUUAAAGACACAUGAAAGACUGCAUACAGGUGAGAAGCCAUACUAUUGUGAGAUUUGUGAAAGAGGGUUUCCAGCGCAUAGCGGAUUAAGGCAUCAUAAGGCGCGGGUUCAUGCAGAAAAGACGAAUGGAGCUUAAGUCCAAAGUGCGUCAAGGAUAUGGCGAUUAAAGGCAAUAUGUAUGGCAACUGUCAAAAUAAUUGGCUAAAUGACGGUUCUUGAAAAAGCUAAAUGUGUAUGCUGUGAAGUAUUUCGUUAUUUUUUGACAAAAAUACUCAAAAUUUCGCCCUGAAACUCCUGAAUUGCUUCGAAAUGGAAAUUCACUGAUUUCCAGUAAUCUGAAAUUGAAACUAAAGCUAAGAUCUGUCUUCGUCACCGACUGGAGUCAGCCGUUCUGAAAUGUAUGGAUGAACAAAUAAAUUAUUAUGAAAAAUAAUUAAA